UCGACUCCAGUUUAACCCGAGCCAUCGAUCUUAACAUCCAGCGCCCAGAAACGCGCGCGGUCGACCCGUGGUGAAUGGUGCGGGGAAGCGAGACGUGCACGUGCACCGCCCCGUUAUCGCCGUGCUGCUCUGCUCCGCUCCUCUUCGAGAGGCGCACGCCGCGCCACGGCGAGCCACAGCCACUCCACUCCCACUCGGCACCGGCACCGGCACGGCGGCGACAUGCUCCCGCUCAUCUCUCCUCCGCGCCCUGGUGCCGCAGGGCCCCGCGCCAUCGCCAACGCAGGCGCCACUGCCCCCGCCACCGCCAGGCCGGCCGUCAUCCUCCCAGGGCUCGGGAACAACACGGGCGACUACGCGCGGCUCGCCGCGGCGCUACGGGACGACCACGGCCUCCCCGCGGCCGUCGUGGCGCGGGUCACCCGCCCCGACUGGCUCCGCAACGCCGCGGGCCUCGCCGACGCCAGCUACUGGCGGGGCACCCUCCGCCCGCGCCCCGUGCUCGACUGGUACCUGAAGAGGGUGGAUGACGCGGUGUCUGAGGCGAGGGAGCUAUGCGCACCAGGUGGGAAGAUAUCACUGAUAGCGCAUUCAGCUGGGGGCUGGCUCGCGCGUGUGUACAUGGCGGAGUUUGAGGCUUCCGACAUAAGUUUACUGCUCACCCUUGGCACCCCUCACUUGCCUCCUCCAAAAGGUGUACCUGGGGUAAUUGAUCAGACUAGAGGACUACUGAACUACGUCGAGAAGAAUUGUGCUCCAGCAGUUUAUACACCAGAAUUAAGAUAUGUGUGCAUUGCUGGAAGGUACAUUCAAGGUGCUCCUCUUCUGGGGAACUCCGCAGCUGCUUCUGAUGAGAUCCUUGCAGUUGACACUCCUUCAGAAGGAGGUGAGGCUGUUAUUACGGGUAGCAAUGACAAAUCUACUCGGUCAAGUGUCACGUGGAGAGCCCGGUUCGUCGGGCAAGGGUACAAACAGGUUUGUGGCCAAGCGGAUGUGUGGGGCGACGGCGUCGUACCUGAAAUGGCAGCGCAUCUGGAAGGAGCACUGAACAUAAGCUUUGACGGCGUGUACCACUCUCCUGUAGGCUCUGAUGAUGAACAAAGGCCCUGGUAUGGCUCUCCAGCAAUCCUCAAGCAGUGGGUGCAUCACCUUCUCAGUUGAGAUGGCGUACAAGAGCUAGCUGCCGGAACAGAAACUGGAAUGUGUCCUACAUCUGGCAUGCCACCAGGCCCACCGAAGGGGAACUUUUUCUUGGCCUGAAAUAGUGAAAUUGAGGGGCAUGAUAUAGCAUCGUAAAUCUUGAAGGGGGCAAUUGUGUAUUGUCAGCUUCUGUAGACAAUUCAACCUGAGGUCUUUUUGUCUAAUAUAUAUUAGACGUAGUAUAUCUCA